UAAAUAUCUAAACCUUGAACCCCAUCCCUGUGGUGGUUACAGAAGAUAUUAGGAGAAAAAAGAUGGCCGUGGCAAUUCAGUGUUUAUCAUGUGCUCGUUUCGUCACAAUCGGAGGACCCCGCCGUUCCUCUCCUUUGCAACGCAAACCUCUUCUCUUCUCUCUUACUCUCCCCUCUCUCUCUCGUAACCCCUACUCCUCAAUUGCCUUCGCUUCUUCCAAAAAGAAAAACAAGAAUAAAUUAUCUCAUGUUACCGAGGGAAUUGGUGAGGAAGAUGAGGAUGCAUUUGAGUUACUCUUCAAGCAACUCGAAGAAGAUCUCAAAAACGACGGUUUAUCAAAAGAUGAUAGUGGUGAUGAUGAAAUAACCGAAGAAGACAUCGAUAUGCUUGAACGUGAGUUAGAAGAUGUGUUGGGGGAUUUUGAUGCUGAAUUGUUAAACACAGAUAUCAGCGACACACCACCGGAUAAUGAUGAUGCACAAAAAAACAGUACUGAUGGAAAGGAGAGUUUACUCAACCUUAGAACUUGGCAACUGAAUAAAUUGGCCAGAGCCUUGAAAACUGGCCGACGCAAAACAAGUAUUAAAAGUCUUGCUGCUGAGCUCUGUCUUGAUAGAGGUCUUGUUCUUGAUUUGCUUCGUAACCCUCCUCCAAAUCUUCUGAUGCUGAGCCUAUCGAUACCUGAUGAACCUACACCAUCAGCAAUAUUACUUGAAACUACGCCUGGAGAGACUCUUUAUAAAGAAACAAGCGAAGAUCAUGCAGAAUCUGGACCCAAGUCUAACUUACCUAUUCAUACCAUGCAGCAGAGUUGGUCUGCUAAAAAGAAAUUAAAAAAGGCUCAACUUGACACUUUGAAUAGAGUUUACAGGAGAUCAAAACGGCCCACUAAUGCAAUGAUUAGCAGUAUCGUGCAAGUCACGAACAUUCCGCGGAGAACGGUUAUUAAGUGGUUUGAAGACAAACGUAUUGAAGAGGGAGUUCCAGAACAACGUGUUCCUUACGAGCGCUCUGCUCAUGAAACUGGCUGAAGAUUUUAUGUUCUUGGAGUUAUUUUUUAUGAUGCAAGCUAUGUGAGAACUCAUAUAACUGUAUGGGAAAAAAUGUUUCUUUUCACCAGCCUUGGUUACGCUUUAGAGGUGAAUUAUAUAAGGAAGUUGAAGUACUAAUGACGUUGAUUAUUGGUUUGGUUGACACCGACUAUCAAAACUAGGGUGCGGUUCACUGAUACUAGAGUCUACAUUAGUUAAUCUGUUAUGUUGUUUCUGAAGUUAGUUAUUUAGUGUUCUAUACUCUAUAAAUAAGAAUACUCACUGUAUUUACAUUCUUUUAAUAAUCAACAAUGUUACCUUUUGGAUUUUAA